GAUGAGGAUCGUGAUCUCGUGCGAAGAUUCAGGGACCGGCGAAGGCUAGCUUUACGAAACUUCAAAUUGUAGCAGGAUAUGGAGAACAUUAGAGGGAUUGAUUCAGCGGAUACCACCAACACUGAUGAGGACGCUGCUAUGGCAGGAGCGAGAGACAUACAAAAGAAGAUGAAGAAAGAUGGGAGAAAAAAACAGAGAAAAAAUCAGAUUGAAAUGAUGGCGGAUGAAAAAACACAGGACAAUGAGAAAGAAAAACGACAACUGCAAAGAGCUCCAAGCAUACAAUCUCCAGGAAGAAGCGAGGCGAGCACGAGACCUGGAGGAGCAACGACAUCGACAGGAGGAAUCGAGACGAGUACGUUAACUGGAAGAGCAACUGCAACGAGAGGAGGAAGCUAAACGAGCACGUGAACUGGAGGAGCAACGAUAUCAAGAGGAGGAAGCGAGGGGAAUAAGAUCGAGAGCGCAUGUCGGAGGAGGAAGUAGUAGGGUAUCUGAAGCUAGCACUCGAAGUUCUUCCAGCAACGUAUCUGAUAUCACCGAUUCUAGUGAAGCUGGCAAUGGUAAUGCGGCCUUGAAACAUCUUUUGAUACAACAUAAUUACCAAAUGAAAGAAGGAAUGAGGAAAUUAUAUAGUAAAAUAUCAUCUGUGGAAAAUAAAGUAUCUUCUCUGCAGAACAAAAUCUCAGAUCUACAGAAUAUAUUGAAAACCCGUGAUGGAAAUAUCGAAGGGAUGCCCCUUGUACGGCCUGAGUGUUUACCAAUUCGAUCAGAGGCAGAGUAGAAUAUUUUUGAGGAUGAGACCAGUGAGGCAACCUACAUGAAUGUAGUGAAAUACUUCGUUGGACUCGGUGGAAGCACUCUUCGUGAUGCAAUUGGUUGGUGUAUCAAAAGAAGUUUCGAGGGAGAAUUCAUUCGUGAGGUGACUUGGACGGGGUCAGGACAAACAGAUAAAUUUCGCUUGGAAGGAACAAAUUUUACUAAAUGUUUGAGAGGAGCUAUGCGCCGAAGUCAGAGAAAAGGACAAAUUCCAGAUUUCACAGAACAAAUGUUCUAUGAGAACAUAAUGGCCGCUCUCAAAUCUGAAAAACAAAUACUGAGGAACCGUGCUCGCCAGCAUCCUCAGGAAGGACAGAAUGAUGACGGUAGACAGCAAAUUCCAUCUAAACGCGGUAGACUUUCCAAAGCCCAAAGAGCAGCUGUCGAUCAAGGAGCUUGGAAUUAUGAUAUUUAAACAUCGUACAACAGCUAUUAUUUUCGCACUUCCCACUUCUUUGUAUUCGUACUUAUG